GGAAAAAUGGCAUUUGAAAUAUCAACGUUCUCCAGCAGGCAUACAAGUUGAAUUCUGAAAUUGAUACAUCUCGCAAGAUACACAAUGUUUAAAACCCUCUUCAUUUUACUUUACCUCUCGUCGAUGCAAGAUGCUCUGGUAAUUACUCUGAAGUCUAAUGAAAGAAUUCUCGCCUGCAUAACAGACAGAACGGACGAAACGGUUGCGUUUGUUGCAUCCAAUCCAGCAGACUUUGAACCAAAUGUUGAAUUUUUGGAUUCACGUGGAAAGCAACCUGAUAUGAAAUUAUAUGACUGCAAUUUGGUAAAAAGCAAUGGAUGCAAAAAUUGGGAUAUUGGAACAUUCGAAAAUAAGAGUAACCUACAAAAUGGUCAAGACGAGCUCCCUCCUGUUAUUGACUACCGCUGGCAUGAUUUUCAGCCAAUCUACACCAAAAAUAAAAGUUUUUCUGAAAUCAAGAGUUUUGGAAAAUCUAGUAAUUUCUCAGCCCAUUUCUCAAUUUUAGCCAGCGAAAGUGUACAAUUUGGAUUUUCAAAAACACCGACAUUUGAUGAAGGUUACAGCAUUGUUAUAGAUGGGUGGAAAGGAAAAAAAAGUUCAAUAAGAUAUUGCUCCCAUUUGUCACCAAAGGAUAACGAAGAUCAUUCCACUUGCAAUGUACAAUAUAAAAAAGUUACGGACAAAAGCUUUUUGUUCAAGGGCAAGAAUUGGGCUUUAUUUGCAGUGCACUUCCUUUCAUUCAGUAAAAUAAUUAAUAUUUCGGUUGAAAGUAACAAAUCUGUUUUGAUGAAAGCUAAUGGAAUAAAUGAUGGCAAUACCAAUGGUUGGUAUUUUGGAGUAAAAACAACACAAGUAAAUGGCGUAUUUCGGCUACAAAAAUAUCAAACACUUCAAAGCAAUCAAGGCUCUCAAUUAAGGAGGUUAAUAAAUGCCACAGAAGAUCUUUGUGUUGAUGUUGUCUACUUUAUAAAAGAUCUUGAUCAUGAUGAGACGAAUGAAAUUUUUAAACUUGAAAUUAGCAAACAAACUGCAAUUUUCUUCAACCAAACGAUUAAAAGUGCCUUAAUGAGCGAAUGGAAAGUUGGAAAAUUUAUGUGGAACAACACGCUGCCAGGGACAUACAACUUGACAAUCACUGCGCUCAAAAAGGGCCUAGUAAUUGGGGGAAUCAGGUUUUGCUCAACUGGUGAUUUGGUUGUCAAACCAAAUAGCACAAAAUUCACUUUUUGUCAACAGUUAUCGCUCUCCACGUACAAUAAUGGAAAUUUCAAUCAAGCCCAUUAUUUUCUAGAGAAAAAAUUAGCAAAAUUGAGUGAAUCGUUUUGCACGAAUUUGAUCAAUAAAAGCUGUUCUGGACUGAAAGCUUUUUCUGACAGCAGUUGGUCAUGCUUGCCAGGGUACAGUGGCACUGACUGCAAUCAGGUAUGCAGCGGCAAAUCUUAUGGACCAAAUUGCACAUCAGAGUCAAACCGAUUUUGCAAGGAAAAUAACGUGAAUGGAGCAAAUGGCUAUUGCUCAGACGGCUGUGACAUUGGGUACUUGCCACCUGAUUGCACUCACGAAUGUACUGGAAAAUAUUAUGGAGAAAACUGCUCCUUUGUGACAAUGAGCUUUUGCAAAGACAAUAAAAUAAAUAGAACAGAUGGAACGUGUUUGGAAGGCUGUAAGGUUGGUUUCAUGGAGCCAGAGUGCAAAGAAUGCGUCAAAAAGAAAUAUGGACUCAAUUGCGAAAAUGUCGUUGAAAGAUUUUGCAAGGAUGACGAAGUUGACAAAACCUAUGGGAAAUGUAUUAAUGGCUGCAUGGAUGGAUACAAAGAACCAGAAUGCAUCAAUAGUGUUCAUUUCACAGAUUACAGCGUGUUUUCAUAUAUGAUGCCUAUUACACUCAUUAUACUUCUUGGAAUUGUCGUUUUCUUCGCUUACGCUAAAUUAAGACGUCGUAGGAUGACCAAAGAGGAAAUCGAAACUCAAACUAGCGACCAGGAUUUAGCAUUUGCAAUGGAAGCACUUGAUGAGCAUCAACUUGACGAAGUCUCUGAACAACACCGAUCGAUAAUUUCAAGUCGAAAUGUUUCAGUUGAAAGACAAUUAGAUCAUCAAGACAAUUCUGCAGUUGCUGUUACUGAAUUUGAUUUUUAUUUUGAAUCUGCUUUGUCAUCUGGUCUUUUGAAAAGUCAGUUUGAGCGUUUCCCAAGAGGUCAAACACAAGCUUGGACCAUUGGAACAAGUGCUCAAAAUAGGAAGAAGAACCGUUAUGGAAAUUUAGCAGCCUAUGACACCUCACGCGUUGUUCUUUCACUGCUGCCUGGCGAUGAAUACUCGGAUUAUAUUAACGCAAACUUCAUUGACGACCACCGCCGGCCCAAAGCCUACAUUGCCACGCAAGGUCCAAAGGCGCAGACGGUUAACGAUUUUUGGCGAAUGAUCUGGCAAGAGAAAGUGACGCAAAUCGUCAUGGUCACCAAUUUAGAGGAAGACGGAAAAAUAAAAUGCGAGAAGUACUGGCCGGACGUGUUCCAAAGCAAGCAAUUUGCUGGUGUUGUGGUGAACAACGCCGAGGAGGAAAUACAUGCCGAGUUUGUUGUUCGAACUUUAUCUAUUUCCAGCGGUCAAGAAAACAGAUUGAUCCAGCAUUUGCAUUUUACAAAUUGGCCUGACCACGACGUACCUCUGUAUCCGCAAUCGAUGCUAAUUUUUGUUGAAAAAAUGAUGCAGCACAAAUCUAAGGGGCCCGUCACGGUCCAUUGCAGUGCUGGAGUUGGGCGCACAGGCGCAGUCAUUUUGAUUGACGCGUGUUUGCGAAUGGCCUUGCAGGAGGGUUUCGUUGAUGUGGUCAAAAUUUUUGCAAAAAUGCGAUCUCAAAGGGCCAACUUGGUGGACAAUCUCAACCAAUACGAGUUCGUCCAUCUGGUUUUGUUGGAAGCAAUUGCAAUUCCAAAACUCACCAUCCCUUGCUCUCAAUUCGCCACAGAAUAUUCAUUUUUGAUGCAGGAUUUUGACAAGCUGCAAGAGUAUUACGAACGGUUAGGCGCAGUUUGUCAGAGAGAUUGGAUGAGAGCUGAAAAGCAGGCGGAAAUUCAAGCCGAAAAGUGUAGAUACCCUGACAUAAUUAGCUCGUCAGCAUACCUAGUCCGUCUCUUUCCGUACGGACACGUUACAGAAAUGAGUUUUGUGAACGCCGUUUUCGUAGACGGUUACCAACAAAAAAAGCAGUUCAUCGCCACGCAGGUGCCAAUGGAGAACACGGUGGCCCAUUUUUGGCGAAUGAUCCAUCAGUACAACGUGGAGCAAAUCAUCAUUUUGAACGAGCCACAUAUCUCGGACGGAGUUUUUCUACCAACUGUUGACCGAAAAUUUGUGUUUGGUGACCUCGAGGUUGUCUUCGAUCGCACUCAGGAAGAUGAUAAUUUCCAAAUAAACACAAUAAAAACAUUCGGGGCUCACGGGAGCAGCAAAGUCGUCUCUGUGAUUAGCUUGUUUGGUUGGGACGCUCAAGAGUGUGUUGCGCCAAAGGUCAAUUUACUGAUAAAUCUUUGGGCUGAAUUGAAAACUUCUAAACGUGGUGAAUUGACUGCAGUAGUUUGCAGUGAUGGCGUGACGGCGUGUGGAUUAUUUCUUGGAAUCGGCUUUGUCAUUGAGAAAAUCAAACUGGAACAACAAGUGGAUGUUGCCUUGGCAGUGAGAACACUGAGAAAGUCCAGGCCACUGUUCAUAUUGAACCAACUCCAGUUUGAAGCUCUCUACAACGCGGCCUACAUGUACCUUUUAUCUUUUGACACAUAUGGGAAUUUUAAAUUGUCUUAAUAAUGAUAAUUCAAACAGGAUUAGUGCUAGUUUUUUAAUUUUCUUAUUAACUUUAAAUGAAAAAAAAAAAUGCUCUUUUGUUUUCAGUUAAAUCUGCCCAAAUGUGCAUUUUUAUUUUAAAACAGUGUAACUAAGGAACUAUUAUUUAGUUAUCAAGAUAAAUUUUGCUAUCCUGCUGUGUAUGUAUUACCAAUAUUUAAAAAACUAUCAAAGAAAUGUAAUAGACACGAAUUGUAAUUAUGGUUAUUAAUUUUGAACCAAUUCUCUGCAGUAUUUAAUAAAAUGUAAAUUAUUAUAAUAUUGUAAUACAAAUAAAGAUGGUAAA